AUUUGUUUUUCUUCCUUCGUUUCUAAUCAACGACUUCGAUUCACCACCUAACCGGCUAACCACACACCAACCCGCCCCAACCACCUCACCGGAUCUUCUUUUCUCUAGCGUCCCGUGCGCGCCACAUUACUGUACCCUUCCUUUUUGUGGUGCUCUAAAAAAAAUCUAGGUUUUUAAUGGAAUCAUCAGCACUACCACCUCCAUCACCAUCUUCACCCGGUGGUCAACACCUCCAAGUCGAGACUGGGGAAAUGGGAACUCAUCAAGAACCGGCAUCUUCAACGCUUUGGGAUUGGGGAGAUCUUCUUAAUUUCGCCGUUGACGACGAUCAGUUUCUAAUUUCUCUAGAUUCCGUUGAAAUUCCCUCCGCUUCUUCCAUACCUCCACCGCCGCCGCCGCCGCCUGAAGUUGAAAAUCCGAUUGAAACUUCGGCGAAGGAAACAACAAAGGCAAAACGAAGGGAAAGGAAAAGUCAAGCGGUUCAGGAUCGGGCGAGGAAGCGUGACCCGAGAUUGACGUGCUCCAAUUUCUUAGCAGGUAUAGUACCGUGUGCUUGUCCUGAAUUAGAUGAAAAGUUAGAGCAAGAGGAAGCGAUGCGCGGUAAAAAGCGUGUCCGUACGAGUAGGUCAAAUUUAGCUGGAGGAAUUUUAAGGUGUCAAAUACCUGGUUGUGGUGUUGAUAUUACUGAGCUUAAAGGCUACCAUAAAAGGCAUAGGGUUUGUUUGCGUUGUGCUACUGCUACUUCUGUUUUACUUGAUGGAGAGUUUAAGAGAUACUGUCAACAGUGUGGCAAGUUUCAUGUUUUACCGGACUUUGAUGACGAUAAACGGAGCUGUAGAAUGAAAUUAGAGCGUCAUAACGAGAUUCGUAGAAGGAAGCCAAAUGAUUCUAAGUCUUCUGUUGAAAGGGAGAUUGAAGGGGAUUUGAAUAGUGAAGAAACUGGCUUUGAUGAUGAAGCUGGAAAAGAUUGUCAGAUAGUUGAGAAAGAAGCAUUUGUUGAAUCUGAAGAUGGAAAUGUUUCCGUCCCUCAUUCAGCUCUGGAUUCUAAAAAUGUUAACAGCGAUAGUAACGGGUCUGUUGGAACCCCCAAACAUGCUGGAAAAGAUGAUUCAAAAUUUUCGUUUUCCCCGUCCAAUUACGACAAUAAGAAUUUUUACUCAUCCGUGUGCCCAACAGGUCGGAUCUCAUUCAAGCUUUAUGACUGGAAUCCAGCAGAAUUUCCUAGAAGACUUCGCCACCAAAUAUUUGAAUGGUUGGCCAGUAUGCCAGUUGAGUUAGAGGGUUAUAUUCGCCCCGGUUGUACAAUCUUGACUGCAUUUCUUGCUAUGCCAACGUGUAUGUGGGCAAAGUUGUUUGAAGAUCCUGUCUCAUAUGUGCAUAAGUUUGUUGCUGUUCCUGGAAAGAUGCUGUCCAAGAGGGGCCCAAUGCUUGUUUACUUGAACAACACGAUUCUCCAUGUUAUGAAGGAUGGAAUCUCAGUGGUUAAAGUGAACACGGAAGGACAGACCCCAACACUUCAUUGUGUUCAUCCACCAUAUUUCGAGGCUGGAAAGCCUAUAGAGUUUGUUGCUUGUGGAAGUAAUCUUUUGCAGCCCAAAUUUAGGCUUUUGGUGUCUUUUGCUGGGAAGUAUCUUGCUUAUGAAUAUUGUGUAGCAUUGCCGCAUGGCUGUACUGAAGGAUGUCCUGAUGUUGACCAUCAGUCGUGCAAGAUAUCUAUUCCUCAUAUCGGAUCUAAUCUCUGUGGCCCUGUAUUUAUUGAGGUUGAAAAUGAGAGUGGCUUAUCGAAUUUCAUUCCUGUACUCAUUGGGGACACAGAAGUUUGUUUUGAAAUGAAAAAAAUUCAACAGAGCUGUGAUGCAUCUUAUCUGUUAGAUGGCUCGGAAUGUGAGGUUUAUGCUCAAAGACAAAUGGCAUUUUCAGAAUUUGUUGUGGAUAUAGCAUGGUUGUUAAAGAACCCUUCAUCAGAAAGUUUUCAGCGGAUUAUGAGCUCUUCAGGGAUUCAAAGACUAGAUUCUCUGCUGAAGCUUUUGCUACUCCAUGAGGCAACUGCCAUUAUGGAUAAAAUUUCACAAAAUUUGAAAGUCAUCUUGUGUAAAAUGAAGAUAGAUUAUGGCAAUAAUGAUGAUAAUGUGAUUCUAUUACAGAAAUACAUUGAUUACACCAGUGAUAUUUUUAGUCAAAAUGUUAAGAAGAGUGACAGUUUAACAGCCCAGCUGGAAGGUACUGUACUGGAAAGGGAUUGUGGAAUAUAUUCCAGCAGUGAUGUGACAUCAGUUGCUCCAUUAACAAGCGAGGAUACGGAAAUGAGGCAGAAUGGGAAGUUGGGAAUGACGAAAAACUCAUCGGCUAUUAUGAAACAUGACAUGAUUCCACUUUUGCAAAGAGAGGUUGUUAUGAAUAUGAAUCUCUUUCACGAUAGUCCAAAGCAAUCGUGUAGUCUUGUCUUGUUCAAGAGUUUUCGGGCUACAGUACUUUUAAUCGCUACAGUUGCUGUUUGUUUGGGUGCAUGUGCCAUCCUUCUCCACCCUACUAAGGUUAGCAAACUUGCAAUAACCGUACGCAGAUGUUUGGCAGAUCAAUUUUAGGUGGAAAAUAAUACCUCUGUACAUUCCAUUGUUCACACUAUUAGAGCGAAUCGAGCUGUCUCGAGCUUUGGCACGAGGGCUGGAGUUCUAACUCAGUGUUUGUAUACUAGUACUUCUCUCUAGGCACUGCCUUUAUCAGUUUGCCAUUGUCAAGUGAUGGCAUUUACAGAAGCUUUGAGUUUUCCUUUUAUUUCCUCUUUUGUAAGACGAAUUUUUGUUAGGCAUGUCUGUAUCUUCUUCUUCUA